AUGUAAUAAAUAAAUCUUUUAAAAAAAAUUCCGUUUCUCCCUCUCAUUCACAGCAGGGACUUGUUUUGUAGUCCUGGCUGACCUGGAACUUGCUAUGUAAAUUAAAAUAGUCUCUAAUUCACAAUGAUCCUCCUGACUCAGCUUAUGGAGUGCUGGGGUUACAAAUGUUCACUCUCUUGUUUUGCUAGGCUUUUCAUUUUUAAAUAAAAAUGCAGUGAGUGUAUUGGGGGUGGGGGGAGCUACAAAAUGACAUUGUUUCCAUGUCAGGUCUAGUGAAGAGCAUAAGUCAAGCAAAGCCUUUUCAGUCAGUAAAAAUGCCAACCCUACAGUGUCUAAAAUUGAAUUUGGAUCUAGCAUUUGCUACCCUAGUGUCAGACAGUAGUAGGACUCUCAUUGGCUUUGGGCCUUACUAACUACUGAUAAAGAAUACUUACUUAGGUAGGACUAACCAUCACCUGACUUACCAAGACCCAAUAUUCUUCAUCAAGUGUACAGAUAAAUUAUUCUGCCUAAUGAAAGUAAAGAAAUGUACAAGAUAGUAUUCAUGUCCUAAUCUUAGCUUACUCUGAUUGUGGUAUUUUGGGUUUUUUGUUUUAAGUUGGUUACUCAUAUUUGUUUUUAAUAUCGACUUUUGAAUCUGCGUAAACUUGAGAAUGUACAAGUUCUCUUAAUGGAUGAUUGGAUCAGAACAGCAGUUAAAUAUAAUUGCUAUUCUAUGUACUACUCUAAAUCCUGGUGUGAAAAUUUAAAUAACACAAGUAUUUUGCCUGGGGCUUUGGUCAAACAAAUGCUGAGAAGUUACAUAAAGAAGAUCCCUAGGAGCCAUUUCUCAGCAAUUAUAUAGUCAACUGAUGUAACAAUGGUACUAAUAUUGGGACGCAGAUUAAACAGAGAGGAUCUUGGGGUGCGUGAUUCCCCAGCAACUAAGCGUAAAGUUUUUGAAAUGGACCCCAAAUCUCUGACAGGUCAUGAGUAUUUUGACUUCUCUUCAGGAUCAUCCCAUGCUGAAAACAUCCUCCAGAUAUUUAAUGAGUUCCGAGACAGCCGCUUAUUCACAGAUGUCAUUAUCUGUGUGGAAGGAAAAGAAUUCCCAUGCCAUCGAGCUGUCCUCUCAGCCUGCAGCAGCUACUUCAGAGCCAUGUUCUGUAACGACCACAGGGAGAGCCGAGAAAUGCUGGUUGAGAUCAAUGGCAUUUUAGCUGAAGCUAUGGAAUGCUUUCUGCAGUAUGUGUAUACUGGGAAGGUGAAGAUCACAACAGAGAAUGUCCAGUACCUCUUCGAAACCUCCAGCCUCUUUCAGAUUAGUGUUCUCCGUGAUGCUUGUGCCAAGUUCUUAGAGGAACAGCUUGAUCCUUGCAAUUGCCUAGGAAUCCAGCGCUUUGCCGACACCCACUCGCUCAAAACACUCUUCACAAAAUGCAAGACCUUUGCAUUACAGACUUUUGAGGAUGUGUCCCAGCAUGAAGAAUUUCUCGAGCUUGACAAAGAUGAACUUAUUGAUUAUAUCUGCAGUGAUGAACUUGUUAUUGGUAAAGAGGAGAUGGUUUUUGAGGCCGUCAUGCGCUGGGUCUACCGGGCGGUUGAUCUGCGAAGACCACUGUUACAUGAGCUCCUGACGCACGUCAGGCUUCCUCUCUUGCAUCCCAACUACUUUGUUCAGACAGUUGAAGUGGACCAGUUGAUCCAGAAUUCCCCCGAGUGUUAUCAGUUGCUGCACGAAGCAAGGCGGUACCACAUACUUGGCAAUGAAAUGAUGUCCCCAAGGACUAGGCCACGCAGGUCUACUGGCUAUUCAGAGGUGAUAGUUGUGGUUGGAGGCUGUGAACGAGUUGGAGGAUUUAAUCUUCCAUACACUGAGUGCUAUGAUCCAGUAACAGGAGAAUGGAAGUCCUUGGCCAAGCUUCCAGAAUUUACCAAAUCCGAGUAUGCAGUCUGUGCACUGAGGAAUGAUAUUCUUGUUUCAGGUGGAAGAAUCAACAGCCGUGAUGUCUGGAUUUAUAAUUCACAGUUAAAUAUCUGGAUCAGAGUUGCUUCUCUAAAUAAAGGCAGAUGGCGUCACAAAAUGGCUGUCCUUCUUGGUAAAGUGUAUGUUGUUGGCGGCUAUGAUGGGCAAAACAGGCUUAGCAGUGUGGAGUGUUACGAUUCCUUUUCAAAUCGUUGGACGGAAGUUGCUCCACUUAAGGAAGCAGUGAGCUCUCCUGCAGUGACAAGCUGUAUAGGAAAAUUGUUUGUGAUUGGUGGAGGACCUGAUGAUAAUACUUGUUCUGAUAAGGUCCAAUCUUAUGACCCAGAAACCAAUUCUUGGCUACUUCGUGCAGCUAUCCCUAUCGCCAAGAGGUGCAUCACAGCUGUCUCUUUAAACAACCUGAUCUACGUAGCUGGUGGGCUGACCAAGGCAGUGUAUUGUUACGAUCCCGUUGAAGACUACUGGAUGCAUGUACAAAACACAUUCAGCCGGCAGGAAAACUGUGGUAUGUCUGUUUGUAAUGGUAAAAUCUAUAUCCUGGGUGGAAGACGGGAAAAUGGAGAAGCCACAGAUACUAUUCUCUGUUACGAUCCUGCGACAAGUAUCAUCACAGGAGUGGCUGCAAUGCCCAGGCCAGUGUCCUACCACGGCUGUGUAACUAUUCAUAGAUACAAUGAGAAGUGCUUUAAGCUCUAACUAAACCCAGGAUACCUCACACAAGAAGCCAACGUCAAUCCAAGAGGAAAGUUUUUAAAACGACCACGUGAGAACUCAACUCCUUUGCAUAAAGAAAUAAAUAAUCCUGAUGCCUUUCUGACCCAAAAUUCCAAUAUUUCAAGCAGUCAUAAAUCCUUUCCUGUACUGGGGGUGGGAGGUUGGUUGAGUGAGACCAGUGCUCACCUUUACCCCAGCACUCAGAAGGCAGACUUCUAUACGUUUGAACCCAGCCUGGUCUACAUAACAAGUUCUAGGCCAGCAAAGGUUACACAAUAAGGCCUUGUCUUUUGAAAAAAAAAAGUCAUAAUUUGGCCUAUGAAUAUACUUUGGCAUUUUUGAAAUACUAUGUGGGGUAGGCAGUACUGCCCAGUGUAAACUUCAUAGGGAUUUGUGAACCAUUUUUCAGGAGUGUGUCCUGUUUUUGUCAAUUAUGUAGAGAGUAUUGCAUGAAUGAAGCUUUUUUUUUUUUUUUUUUUGGUUGAAUUGCCUGAUGUUAAGAAUGUUUAGAAUUCAUUGUGAGAGGAAGAAAUGAGUUUGUUUUGUUCAUUCGUUCACUUUAACAAUUUAUUUAACUUUGUGUACAUUGGUAGAAGGGGAUCAGAUCCCUUGGAACUGGAGUUACAGACAGUUGUGAACUGCCAUGUGGGUGCUGAGAACUGAACCCCGGUCCUUUGGAAGAACAGACAGUGCUCUUAACCACUGAGCCAUCUCUCAAGCCCCAAGAAAUGACUUUAUCCAUACUGGUUAAUUCUAUUGAAGGCUUUUUGGGGUUUUGUUUGGUGUUUUUUCUAAUUGUAAAAGUGUAGUGACAAUUCAGCUACCAUAAAAUACCAAAUUUUAUGACUUUAUAGACUAUUCUCUGAUAUUAAAUACUUUUUGUGAGUUGAUGUAGGAGAUGUAAAAGUAAGGAGAUUUAAAUUAUACAUUAGUCCCUAAGGAAAAAUUAAAAUUACUAUUGAAGAAAAAAAAAAUGUGAUCCACUUUGGUUCUCAGGGUAUUUAAUGACUCAUCUGUGCGUCCACUAAAGAAUUUCUUUCCUUUAAACUAACAUAGGAGUUGAAAUCCCUUUUACAGAGCAAGGCAGGUGUCUGUGUUCAGGAUCUGUUUCCCAGGCAUGGUAGUGCAGACCUGUAUCCAGGAUCUGGGAAGUGCAUCAAAAGAAACCAGAUGGGCUGAAGAGAUGGCUCAGUGUUUACGAACACUUCCUGCACUUGCAGAGAACCUAGGUUUGGUUCCCACCCUUAUCAGGUAGCUCACAAUUUCUGCAAUUCUAGUUCCAGGGAAUCGAACACCUUCUGUCCUCCCUGGGCAUCUACAAAUAUAUGGUGCACAUAAAUUCAUACAGGAACACGUGUAUAAAAGAAAUAUAUCUUAAGACAAAAUUGCAUUUGCAAUACUGCUGUAAGAAAAACAAGAACAGGUUUGCUCCUACCCAGCCUGACAGAGUUGGACCUAACUUGUGUGAUGCCUUGUGAGUGCCUCUCCGCUGCCUUGUGAGCAGUUAUUAGCCUAGGAGAGUUGUCUAAUUCCUUAAUAUCCUACAGCAGUGGGGCCUCUCACUUGUAACUCUGACCAGCAGCAGUUCCGGUCUCCAGAGAGAAAUCUCUUAUUUGGGAGAGCUCUUUUAUUUGUAUAAAAUACUGAUCAUCAUUUUCAGAUUUCUAUUAAAUUUUUCCCUCUAGGUUUUUUACCUCCAUUUUGUAAAGCUUAGCAGUUUGCAAAGGGAAAUGUGAAAUUUUUCUUAGACACAUAAGUGAAUACAGCAGGAAUUAGCACAACUAAUUAUUGUAACUUCCAGUGCCCUGGGCUGCAGCAGGUGACUUGCUGUGUAACUUCCCAGUCUCUCACUAUAAUAUACUCCUUGUCAAUGACAAUGGUGUCAAUCGAUUUCUGUUCAAAUUCAGGCAGUUAUCAGAAACCUAGCAUUGGCAAACAACUUUUUCCUCAUCUUAGGAUAAUACAAAUGUAUUUUAAGAGUCAUGCUUAGUUGGAAUCUAAAUUCUGAGAAAAAUGCUAAAAAAUACACUUAGGAAAUGGUUUUCAAGUCAUAAAUUAUAAGUGAUAUAGCUAUAGAAACAAUGCAGAAAAUCAUCUGUCAGGUGAGCAACAGAUGUAUGUAAAACUGAGGGUAUGUGUACUGUAAUUUUAUAGUAAGUAUCUGCAUUAUGCUUUUGUUAGAGAAUGGAAAUUGUUUAGUUCAGAAAUUCUUAACAGUUAAGUGUGUGAACAAAAGUGUUUUAUAAAUGCUUAGGAUUCUACAAAUGAUAAUUGUUAUUCUCAUGUAUAUUUGUAAGAUCAUGUCCAUUCAUAAAUAUAUAUAAAAGACUUGGUCAAAGUAAAUUUGUAUUUUAGUAUUUUUGUCUGUUGUAAAAGUAUUAUCUACUUGUAUCUUAUAAUGUUUAUCUUUCAUAUAUUCUCAUGUUUAUUGCAGUAAAUUGGAAAAAAUCCUGAAAAUCAGAAUUUGUUCAAACAAAUUAAUUUUUAUGUUACAAAUUAUAUUAAAAGUUACCAGAAAGUACCUGAAUCCUAGAAAAUUAACUUUUAAAAGCUACCCAAUUGGUAUUUUAACUUCCUUUAAUUACUUACCUUUGCUAAUCCUUGAUAAAUAAUAGUGGUAAGCCCUGGUUUAAAAAAUAAUAAUUUUGCCGGGCAGUGGUGGCACACGCCUUUAAUACCAGCACUUGAGGGGCAGAGGCAGGCAAAUUUCUGAGUUCCAGGACAGCCAGGGCUACACAGAGAAACUAUGUCCUGAAAAAAAUAAUUAAUUUUAGGGUAUAAUAAAUGUAUUAAAAGGGCUAUAUCAACCAUCCUAGAGUCAGACUAUCUUCAUUCUGUUAUCCCAUAAUUGGCAGACUUUCUUUUGAUAGGUGAUGUUUAUAUGAGCCUCUAAGUUAGGAUGUGUGUGUGUUUAUAUGUAGAUAGUAUGAUGUGUACAUAUAUCACAAACACCCAAUGGUUUUUGCAGUUUAAUUAUCAGAAAUUUGUAUAAAUUAAAAAAUUAGUUGAUCAUAGACAAUUUGAUUACAUAAGACUAAAUUUGAACAUUUCUAGAGUACUCUUUAUUGUUGAGACAGGAUCUCUGUAGCCUGUGCUAGCCUCAAACUCUUAGCAAUUCUUUGCCUUCUGAGAGCUGCAGUUAGAAGAGGAAGCCAGGACCAUUUUCUAAAAUAAGCAUUUCAUCUGAAAGUGCAGAUCUGGUCUUAAGGAUCUGUGCACCUGUGUAACUACAGCGUUACAAGGCCAGGAAGCAGACCUGGAGAUCUGUGUAACGACAGUGUUACAAGGUCAGAAAGCAGACCUGGAGAUCUGUGUAACGACAGUGUUACAAGGCCAGGAAGCAGACCUGGAGAUCUGUGUAACGACAGUGUUACAAGGCCAGGAAGCAGACCUGGAGAUCUGUGUAACGACAGUGUUACAAGGCCAGGAAGCAGACCUGGAGAGAAGCGUGCAAACACCGCUUGUGGCUGUUCAGUUGGAAAGGUCAUAUGUUUUGUGAAUCAACAGGAAAUUACAGUUGGUUUUUGUGUACAUUUUCAUGAACUUGAAUCCUCCUCCAAGUCUUCUCCAUGUACUCCACAAGGUGGCCUGACUUCCUCCCUGUCUGCUGUACUCUCCCACACUGACUGACUGACAGGAAUUGGGUUCUCCACAGCCGUUUGUCAUAGAUGGGCGGUUGGGAUCCAGGUGUUUACUCCAUUGGAAUCAGGUUUUAAACGACCAAAUGCUCAGGGAGGGCAUUGGCUUGUCUGAGUCACCCAUCGGGUGUGCAAAGCACUCUCACCAUUUAGUUGAUGGCUCUAGACGGAUAUGUUUCAGAAAUUUCACUUCUAGCAGUGGUUAAACAUCCAUUCUGCUUGGAAAGAUGACAGUGCUUGGUGAGCCGGCACACUCUCCUGGUGAAUAUGAAUUGUUUCUGCAUCUGCUGUCAGACCCCCAUUUUGAAACUCAGGAAAGACAAAGGUGGGUUUUCUGCUUUUGUCAUUGUCCAACCCAGGUGUGUGCUGCUUUUUCCUGAUCUGACAGUAGAUUUUUAAAAAUCACUCUGAGAGCCCAUGCACAUACACGAAGAGAGAACGGGAGUUGGAUUAUUUGUGUGUGCCUUUAACGUCUUGAGAGGAUACAUCCUACAGACUUCAUGUGGUACCAAGAUAAUGUCCGGAAGCUUCCUGUGGACUGCCUCAUAGUCAACCCAAGACAUUACUAGUUAAAACGAUUUGGUCUUGCUGGAGUUAGUGGUACAGAGCUGAGUGUGGUGGCAAUGUCUGAUUCCAGUCCUUGGGAGAUGUGACAAGAAGAUCAGGAAAGUUCCAGGACAGCCAUGGCAACAGAGCCAGUUUGAGGUCAGAGUUGGCCACAUGAAUUCCCAUGUGAGAAACAGUAAUGGCAUUGAUUGGCAUUGUGUAGAAAGCUGGAAUGAUAUCAUUUCAUCCAUUAUUAUGUUCCAAACCACAUAACCAACAUGAAAAUUCACUGUAUCACGUAACCAGAAUGAAGCAGGUUCGCUGACCUGUGAUGCAAUAGAUUUGACUAGCUAAUUAUGCUUCUUGCCACAUCUAGUGCUAGGCAUCAAACAGCACUUCCAGGUGUAUAAACUAAUACCAGAGAUGUUUCAAAAUAUUUUAGACAUUUUAAAGUGUUUUAUUUGUAAGCGGGUUGCGAGAUGGCUCAGCGGUUAGGAGCAAGCACUAGCAAUUGCUGCUGUAGCAGAGGAUCUGGCUUGGGUUCCAAGCACCUUCAUUGUGGCUAACAAUUGUCUGUAACUCUAGUCACUGGGGUUCUACUACUCUCUGGCCUCUACAGGCACACAUGAUGCAUAUACAUGAUAUGCAAACUGUCAUAGUACAGGCAAAACAUACACAUAAAAAUAAGUAUCACGGGCUGGUGAGAUGGCUCAGUGGGUAAGAGCACCCGACUGCUCUUCUGAAGGUCCGGAGUUCAAAUCCCAGCAACCACAUGGUGGCUCACAACCAUCUGUAACGAGAUCUGACUCCCUCUUCUGGAGUGUCUGAGGACAGCUACAGUGUACUUACAUAUAACCAAUAAAUAAAUCUUUAAAAAAAAAUAAGUAUCACUAAAAUGUUGUAUGUGAGCCUUUUACAUGUGUGUGGUUGCCUUAAAUAUCAAACUUAUACAGUGCUAAAGGUGAUAGAACAUAGAAAGUGAAGUCAUAACUUCAUAUAUUGUUCCAAAGAAGUUUUGUUUUAAUGUUUGUGCCUUAAGCUACCCAGUGCCAUUUUAGUCUGAUAAACCUCAGUAUUGGUUUUUGAGGGUCUAGUUUUGUUUUAUUUUUUGAGUCCGGGCGAUAUAGAUCCAAGGCUUGCCUAAAACUCUGUUUUGCUGAAAAUGAUCUUGAACUCCAAUCAUUCUGUCAUAGCUCCCAAGUGCUUGGAUGAUAGCUUGUGCCACCAUGCUUGGCUGUGUGGGUUUCUGUGGUCUGGGUGGGUUGUUUGGUUGGUUCUUCAAUUGGUUGAUUUAAUGUAGCCCUGGCUAACCUGGAACUCAGUAUAUGACCAGGUUGACCUUGAGCUAGUGGCAAUUCUCCUGCCUCUGUCUGUGAGUGCUGAUGCUUUUGUGAAUACCAGCUGCCUGCUAGGCAGAAAGAGAAUGUUAACUGAGGUUGUUGCUUGGAGUUUUACAUUUUUAACUUUUGGUACCUAGGUGCUUUGUAAAAUACUCAGAUAAAUACCCACUGAGCUAUUUGGAAUAGUGAAGAGUAUGCGUAGUUAUUUCUGUUUGUCAUUAUAUUAGUAGUGCUGCUCCAGGCUUUUCCUUGAGAAAACACUUCCUCUUCAUCGCUCCCGCUCCUGCAGUGUGAGUCUCCAGAGCUAUCGAAGGCUUUCAGAACCGAACAAGUGUGCGUGCUUUUCUGUAACUUCCACACAGCCAUUGCCUAGAGUGAAUGCUCACAGUGAAGAAAGGAGUGUUCUCCAUGUCCUUGUUCUCCGUUCAGCAGUAGUACAGUAAUGUAGUACAGUAAUGCUUACAGUUUUGUUUAAUUGCACUUCCUCCAUAGUUUAAAUUUUUAAAAGUUGUAUCUAAUGUCUUUUAAACAUUACUUGACUAUAUGGUUACAUUAAAUUUUGUUUACCAAAAAUCUGA